AUGUUUGCACGCCAAGAACGCACGGACUUGGACGCGGGCUCUGCGGCGUCACUUUCGCUCUUGAAUCGCGCAGGCUCCAAGUUCGGCGGUGGCGGUGUAGCCUCGCAGUCCGCCACCAACGCUGACCGUCGCGAGCGUCUUCGCAAGCUUGCGCUCGAGACCAUCGACCUUGACAAGGAUCCUUACUUUUUCAAGAACCAUGUCGGCAGCUUCGAGUGUCGCCUCUGUUUGACCGUUCACCAGAACGAUGGCUCCUAUCUCGCACAUACCCAGGGUCGCAAGCACCAGACGAACCUGGCUCGCCGUGCUGCACGUGAACAGAAGGAGGGAAAGGACAAGGACCAGUUGAUGCCCGGCAUGGGUGCCAGCGGCGUGCAGGUCAAGAAGAACGUCAUCAAGAUUGGACGGCCAGGCUACAAGAUCACCAAGAUUCGGGACCCUCUCACCCGUCAGCACGGCCUGCUCUUCCAGCUGCAAUAUCCCGAGAUCAACCAGAACAUCCUCCCCAGGGUGCGUUUCAUGAGUGCGUUUGAGCAGAAGGUCGAGGAGCCGGACAAGGCUUUCCAGUAUCUACUUGUUGCCGCAGAGCCCUACGAGACUUGCGGAUUCAAGCUCCAGGCCCGCGAGAUUGACCGCCGCGAGAACCGCUUCUGGACUUGGUACGACGAGGACCAGAAGGAGUUCUGGGUCCAGAUCCUGUUCAAGACCGAGCGCGAGGAGCGCUACAGCGGUGUUCCGGGCCUUGCUCCCACCGGCCCGAGGAGGUAG